AUGUCCAAAAAUAUAGAAGAAAGUGCAGGAGCAGGUUCAGAACUCUUUCCUGAUGCCUUUCUUAAUCUGAAAAAAGUAGACAUGAACCUUACAAAAGAAGUAAUAAUUUUAUUAGCUGAAUAUUACUAUAAUACAUAUAAUAAAGAUUUUGUAUUAUUGUUAAAGAUUCAUCUUUCUAAUGCUAUACUGAUACUUCUGAAGGUAAAUGUUUACAGAGAUACUAAAAAUACUUAUGCAGAUAUAGUUAAAUAUUAUUUUGAACAUACUGUACACUUUCUGAAACCAGAAGGUUCCAAGAAAUAUUCUUUAGUAUUUGUGAAGUGGUAUUUACUAGCAGAGGAUUAUAAAACUAGAUUCUAUUGCAAGAUUGAUGGCAAUGAUAAUUCUUGCAACAUUGAGUUAUGGAAGAAAAAUUUUUAUGAUCUUAGUAGAGAUUGUAUAAUUCCAGUACAUAGUAUAUUGGAUCAGUUUGUUGAGGAUUCUUUUUCAAUAG